AUGGCGACGGAGCCCGGGCGCCAGUGGGUGCAGGCGCGCGGCGCCUACGGGGCGAGCGAGGCGCUGCGGCGCGCCGCGGGCCGCCGGCGGGAGCCCGGGCCGCAGAGCAACGGGCCGGGCCCGGAGGAGGCGCGCGCCCCGGGCCGCCUGGCUCGCCUGCGGGGCCAGCUGCGCGCCGAGGCGGCGGCGCGGGCCGACGCGCCCAAGCUGCUGCGCGUGGUGGAGCGCGCGGGCCAGGGGCCGGCGGAGCGGGCGGACGCGCGCAGCCGCGACUCGGUGUGCUCGGUGUGCGGGGAGCCGCGCGGCGGGGCCACCUACCCGGCGGGCGUGCUGGAGGUGAGCGAGCGGCGGCUGCAGGAGGGCCUGGCAGCCGUGCGCGCCGAGCUGAGCGCCGGGCUCGAGGCGCUGCGCGCCGAGCUGCGCGCCGAGCUGGACGCCCUGCGCGCGCUGCUGCCCUCGCCGCCCGCCCGCCGGGAGCCCCGCGCCGGCCCGCGCCCCGCGCCCCGCGGCCCCGCGCUGCUGCGGGCGCUCGGCACCGUGAACGCGCUGGCGGCCGCCCCGAGGCCCGCGGACGACGCGCCCGACGGCGCCCCCGACGGCGCCGCCGCCCGGGCUCCGGCGCGGAAGAACUUCAAGAAGACGCCGGUGCCCGCCGCGGCCCCGCAGGCCCAAGGCGGCGGGGACUGA